UAGUGCUUUGGCAAUUUCAAAAUGGCGUUGUAUUCGUACUGUAGGUGAGGUGAGCGAUUGGAGCCCAGCGACCGGGAUGUGAUCGGCGGCGCGACAGUCAAGCGAAGAGCGGAGAAGCAGCGCCCGACGUCGUUCGACCGACGACGAGUAUGGCGGAUACGAGAAGACGCGUCAAAUUGUACGCCUUGAACGCCGAUCGCCAGUGGGAUGACCGCGGCACGGGCCAUGUGUCGUCUUCGUACGUCGAGCGGCUCAAGGCUAUGUCCCUUCUCGUGCGGGCCGAGUCGGACGGCUCGUUACUCUUGGAAUCAAAAAUACAGCAGGACACCGCCUACCAGAAGCAACAGGAGACGCUGAUCGUGUGGUCAGAAGGUGACAACUAUGACCUAGCACUGAGCUUUCAAGAGAAGGCGGGAUGUGACGAGAUAUGGGAGAAAAUCUGCCAGGUGCAGGGCAAGGACCCCUCGGUGGACAUCACACAAGACGUGGUCGAGUCUGAGGACGAGCACCUGGAGGAGGCCAGUGAUGGCCUGCCGCCCGUGGAGCUUCCCCCGUGCGAGACCCAGCGGCUCGGGGAACUGGCCGCCCUGGUCCAGAGCUGCUUGCCUUCGCCCGUGCGACGGGACAAACUGGCAACCGCCCUCGAGGAGCAGGACUACAUACGGCGCCUGCUGCCCAUCUUCCAUACCUGCGAGGACCUGGACUACCGGGAGGGUUUGUACCAACUAUACGACAUCUUCAAGGGUAUCUUCUUAUUAAACAAGAAUGCACUGUUUGAUGCCAUGUUUGCCGAGGACGCCAUCCUGGACGUUGUCGGCAUUCUGGAGUACGAACCAGGCUGUCCAGCAGGCCAGAGGCGGCGGCAUAGGGACUACCUUCGGCAGGUGUCGAAAUUUCGGGAAGUGAUCCCUCUGGGGAAUCCAGAGCUGCUUGCCAAGAUCCACCAGACGUACCGGGUGCAGUACAUCCAGGAUGUGGUGCUGCCCACACCUUCGGUCUUUGAGGAAAACAUGCUCUCCACCCUUUCAUCAUUCAUCUUCUUCAACAAGGCGGACAUUGUCUCUAUGCUUCAGGAGGACGAAAAGUUCCUGAGCGAACUUUUUGCCCAGCUGACGGACGAGGCUACAGACGAUGACAAGCGACGGGACCUUGUGCUUUUCCUCAAGGAGUUUUGUACAUUUUCACAAACACUACAGCCACAGUGUAGAGAAUCAUUUUUUAAGACACUAUCAAGUUUAGGUAUUCUACAAGCAUUGGAAAUUACUUUGGGCAUGGAGGACACGGUGAUCAAGACAGCCUCCAUCGACAUCCUCUCCUACUUAGUGGACUACAGUCCGUCCAUGGUGCGCGAGUACGCAUUCCAGCAGUCCAACGUGCAGGACGACGUGAGUGGCGUUCCCCCAUUGUUACGCACACGUUUCCUAAGAGUUCGACACAUCCUCGAUGUCAACGACUGUUUGACAACUGAAGUGCUUGUGCCACUCCAUGUCUCUGCAUCUGUAAAAUGUAUAUUGCAUUAACGAUAGUCAACUAGG